AGCGCCAAAAGCCGAAACAAGCUACUUUGAUUUAAGCUACACAAUUUGACAUAAAGCUUAUUUCAGCCUGCUAUGCAGACGUGCCCUAAGAGACCAGCCAGAGAAAUAGGGAGGGGAGGGAAGUAAAAACUGGCUCUGUUAGAGAGAGAGAGAGGCCACGACAAGGGUCCGCCAGCAGAGAGAUGGAUUCAUUGUGUGCUGUAACCAGGAUCCAGCUGCAGAAAAUUUCCCAAGAAAUGGCAGAGUACAGCAGCCUGCUGGAGGAGCUGGCAGAGAACAUCACCAACGAGGACCUGGACCAGCUGAAGUCGGCGUGCAAGGAGGACAUCCCUAGUGAGAAGCACGAGGAGAUCACCACGUGCAAGGACUGGUUCAGCUUCCUGGAAAAGCACAACAAACUGGACAAAGACAACCUCUCGUACAUCGAGCACAUCUUUGAGAUCUCGCGGCGCCCGGACCUGCUGACGGCGGUGGUGGCGUACCGCACCCAGGUGCUGAAGAUCUCCGAGGAGGACGAGGUGGACACCAAGCUGACCCGCAUCCCCAGCGCCAAGAAGUACAAAGACAUCAUCCGGCAGCCCUCCGAAGAAGAGAUCAUCAAACUGGCCCCCCCGCCCAAGAAAGCCUGAGUGGGGUGGGGGGAGGAGGAAGCUGGGGUCGCCCGCCAGGCCCGCCACUUUACCCCCCCC